AUGCUUGACACUUUACCUUGCGAAAUCAUAUUGGAUGUCGCACAACGGCUGCCCCCUGAGGAUCGUCGCUCUUUCAGCCGGGUUUGUUCAAGGGUUAAUGCUGUUUUGGUCCCCCUAAUAUAUCGCACCGUCACGUUUCGUGCUGCGAGUGAGUGGGCCCUCAAUGUACUUGAUAUAGAUGCAUUCUUUUCCAACCAGUCACAUUUACAGCCCUUUAGCUACCUCCAGCAUACCCGGCACCUGAGCAUUCAGGCCCAAAUUCAUAUUGCCCGGUUCAAUCGCUGUGCGCACUAUAGUAUCUUCCGCACAUCGGGGCUGACACAAAACCCAUCUACCCUGGGCACUUCUGAUGAGGCAAAGGCGCAUCGGCAGUUUUUAGGUGACAUCUCUGACCAAGUGCAAAUGGUCUUCGCAUGUCUCAAAGAAAAUAGCCUCCUUUCGUUCCAGUGGGGUCUUGGCACCUGCCUUUCACCAGGUAUCCUGGAUAAAAACGGAUACCUAUGCCGGCAUCAGAGGAGCCUCAAUAGGCUUUCGCUCAUCACGGAUGGGUCUUGUCCCGAGGCAGGAGGUGCCCUGAAUGGUCUUUCCGAGUUUUCGUCUUUGAAAACCAUAGACUCUGCUGAUGCCCCGAACCUUGUUGAGGAUAUUUUUGGGCAGCCCUCGGGGGUAUUCCACUCAAGCGCUCUCCCUUCACUCUUAUCCUUAACUCUGUGUAAAGUUCCCUUUUCACAAACCCUUAAGCUCGGGCCGGUGUGGAGAUUUGGAUACCUUCGAGCUUUGUCUAUGCGUGAUUGCCCCAAUCAGCUACGGUUCUUGAGUUCCUUGUCACGCUCAAAAGACACGCUACAACUAAAGCUUUUCGAAUUCGUCUGUGACAACUUACUAGACGGUUUUGGCCAAGACCUGACUCCAGCAUUGACAUUUCUGGUCUCAUUCAAAGGAUUGAGACAUUUAUAUCUGAAACUGUCCAACUUUGAGGAAUCCCCUCGUAUUGGAGCAGUCAUCAAAUAUCACCAAUAUACGCUUGAGAGUCUUUCCUACCAUGAAAGUCGACUUGUUCCACUUGAUGAUGAAGGCCUGUUCGAAGAAGAGCGGGAUGUGUCACCCCAGUGGCUUGAAGGCCAAUUUGAUACCUUGAAUCUCUCUAGAAUGACUGCUCUUGGUAUUUGUGCAAGUCCAUCUACCGUGAGACUUUGUCUUGAACCCUUGGCCACGCGUUCCGCUAUUGAAAUCUUGCAUAUCCGGUUUACUGGGUCAGAGAGGUUUCAUAGGGACAUUCCACUCGAAAUCACAACGCGGCUGCGGACAAAGCUAUCCAGAGAUACGUGCCACCACUAUAACAUUGAAAGUCCUAGGCAAGAACCUUACACCAAUAGCUGGAGCGAUCUGGCAAGUAUAGUCAAUGAUGACUUGGCCCUCUGGGAAAUGAAUGAGUCAGGCAGUGUGGAAAAGACCCUUUCAGCAUCCUCUGAAGCGGAGGAGUUUGUGGCAUUUGCCGAAUGGGUGUUCGGUCCGACUGGUCUUCCGAACCUUCACGUUCUGGCCUUCGGUGACUUUUCCCACAACAACCGGUUCCAAAAACAACAAUUUCUGACUAGGAGGAGACACCAUGAGAACGAGCCACGAUACAAAGAUCACCAGCAUCCUGCUUGUAUCCAUGAAUCUUUGAGUCAAUCUUUCUGUGCUGCAAAUUCCGCCGAUACUUCCCUCUGGGAAAAUCUUGGGGUUGAUGGAGCUCGGUUCCUUUCUUCUUGUCCAGCCAGUGGAUUGAUUGAAUCUCCUUUUGAAUUGUAG